CCAAACCCUAAUUUUCCUCCUUCGCCGCUCACUCACUAGCAGAGCCAAAAUGACGACCCGCUUCAAGAAGAACCGCAAGAAGCGAGGCCACGUUAGUGCUGGCCACGGCCGAAUCGGAAAGCACCGUAAGCACCCGGGGGGUCGAGGUAACGCCGGAGGGAUGCACCACCACCGAAUCCUCUUCGACAAGUACCACCCUGGCUACUUCGGCAAGGUCGGUAUGAGGUACUUUCACAGGCUGCGCAACAAGUUUCACUGCCCAAUCGUCAACGUCGACAAGCUGUGGUCGCUCGUUCCCCAGGAGGUGAAGGACAAGGCCUCCAAGGACAACGUGCCGUUGCUCGACGUGACCCAGUUCGGCUACUUCAAGGUACUGGGCAAGGGGAUCCUGCCUGAGAACCAGCCCUUCGUGGUCAAGGCCAAGCUCGUGUCCAAGACCGCUGAGAAGAAGAUCAAGGAGGCCGGCGGGGCAGUCGUUCUCACUGCUUAGGAGGUUAUUGGGUAUUUCAUUUUGCGGGUUUUAGUUUUGAUUAAUUAAUUAAUCUGAACUUGUUUAAUUGCUGUUGGAAUUGGAUCUGAUAUUUGGAUAUCAUAUAUUUUAGAAAAUGCUACAAGUUUCAUGUUUUCC